GCCAAACGCGACAUGCUUGCAGACACCGAUGGAGCUGCCGAUCACCUGGACAGGGUCAAGUCGAGCCUCGCUGGCUCAUUGGUGGGCAUGGUGCACUCCAUCAACCUGCCGAUCACGUCCUCCCAGGUGUCUGAGCUGAUGCGCGAGCUGAACACUAGUGAGUUCGACAAGCAGCAGAGAGCCGAGAUCUGUAACGCCCUGGGGGCCAAGCUUGUUCACUCGAGGGUGGAACCAGCUCUCGGGCCGACUGAGUGCCAGAAGUUCACAGACAAGAACAGCAUCAUGAACUACUUGACUGCAAAAGAUUGGCUUGCCCUGUCCGACAAGAGUGUUCCGUUCUCGGACGCGUCGAAGCGCAAGAUCAUUAUCGACCGUCUGUCCAGGGGCGGCUUCUACAAACCUGCAAUCCCAGCCGCUGAAGAUUGCGCAGCUGCCGUGGCGAGUGCUGUCUGGGAUGGCUCGAUUUCAGCUGUCGACUUGCACAACGCGACGCAUUCAUUCAUGUCGGAGUUCAGGGACCAGCGCAGCAAGUCAUGCGACCUGCCAGUGAUCAGGCAGUGGCCACCAUCGCCAGAUGCUCUUCCCGUUGCAACGCGGCAGGCGCUCUACCCCGAGGCAGACGAUCAGCCACUGCAGAUGGCGGUGGACACGUUUGUGGUUGUGCGCAAGCUGACGUCGUGCAGGGACGUGAACAAGAAUGUCCGCGGCGAGCUCAAGCAGCCUGCCACGGCGUUGGUGUCCGCGUCGAGGCGUGCUCCACCAGCAUGCGCUGGAGGUGCUCCACAGCUGCCUGGUAUGCCGCUGGACGUCGCUGGGUUUCUGUCAGCCGCGGGCGCAUGCGGCAUCUCCCAGGAGCAGGCCCUGUUGCUGGGAUCGCAGAUGCUGAGGGGGGGGGGGCAGCUCGGCUCAGGGAGGCCGGCGAGAAGCAACUCCAGCGUGUUCGUCGAGGAGUUCGAUUGCGAGCAGCCGCCGUCGCUGGCAUCGCAGUUGGCCCAGGAGAUGCAGCUCGCUCCGCAACGCGUGGCGAUUGCGGCGGCGGCGCCCACUCCGUGCAGCAUGGUCGUGCCAGUCUCUCCAGUUGCCCCAGCUUUGGCGAGUGCUGCGAGCGCAUCUGCAGCCGCUCUCGCUGACUUCGGCGUCGCGAGGAGCAAGGUGGUCGUCCCUGAGCCUAUCUGCGCAGACGGCCUCACAGAGUUGGACAACAUCAAGGCCAUGGAGAGGGAGCACGAGGCCCUCGUCGAGAAGGCGAAGCAGAAGAAGCUCGACGCCGCGACUGAGCCGUCGGGCGCUGACCUCGAGAGCCCGUCCGCGUCCAAGGGGCCGAAGGGCAUGCCGAAGAAGAUCG